AUGAACGUCCAUUUCAACGAGACCUUACAACAUCCCGACUUUCUCGCCGUCCACCAUGGCAACCUUGGAGAAUCAACAGAAAUCACCAAAUCCCGCGCCUCCGUCUCAAUCCGCUGGCGCCCAUGA